UAGAACCAUUCCAGUCUCGUCGCAACCGUGCAACACAGUAGCGGUCGGUGUUACGGUUGUUCUACCGCCAAACAAUUGACACUCCUUUGCGCGACGUACAAACUUUUUCGUGAAAGUGUGCGUGUGUGCUGUGUGUAUGUGGAAAAGUGGUUGCUUUCGUUUAAAGAAUGUUCACCCAUUUGAGUUAAGGCCUCUUGCACCGGGGUUCUUGAAGUUUGCCGAUCAGAGUUCACACUUGAAUUGCACCGCAUCGGUACGUCGUGCUUUUUUUGUGUGUGGCACAAAAUAUACGCAAAAAAGGAUUUUUCACGUACAUUGAUUAUGUAAAUAAAGCAACCUGAGUGUUUCGCGUGCUGCACGGUGAAUGACAAAUGUGUCUCAUCCAACUUCUACUUCACAAUUUUAUCUCUCUGUGUGUGUGCUUGUGUAUAUUAAAGGGUGAAAAUAAAAAUGUAACCUAAGUGAACAAGGGUACAAAAAUCACCUUCUUUACCAAGCAAAAUGCUAGGCAGCAAGUGUAAGAUUUAACCAUAGCAUCUGUUGGAUUAUCCCUCAUUAACAUGUCAUCAAAACGUGGUACAUAUGGUGUGCCUCAAACGCAACACCCCCGACCAAACCAGUGCAAACCAUCGGGGAAGAAGCUUUCGAAGGUGAAGUGAAAAUUUGGCAAACGAAAUCGUUCGUUCAAGUGGAAUCGUGAAAAUUGGAAAGAAAAAGUACAAAAAGUGUCAUGAGUUUAACCGCUUCCAGCGUGGCGAGGCCUGCGGAGAGUGAGAAAUAACUUCAGUUUCGGCCCACACACCGAAAUGAAGCGUUUAGGCGUUUUGCAUUUGAAAAUGGAAAGUUUGCAUCGAGUUCGAGCCCCAAGUGCCAAGUGAAAUAGUAGCGUGAACGAACCAAAUAUUCCUGCGGUCAAAUGGAGUGGCAGUAAACAUACGCGGAUGGGCACCCCCCAAAAUGGUAGUGAAGUUGUGUGAAAAUUGAUCGGUGUUUGUGGCAAAGGAAACUUCUUGCCUUCUCGAUCCGGUCCCAUUGGUGGCAGUGUGUGUGCGUUUGCCGUCAGUAUUUUACUGUGUCCGGCUAACUUAACUUGUGGAGCUUUCUGGCGCUAGGUUCUGCAAAACAUAAAACACAACGCGACGAGGCACUGGCACAGAGCAACAACACGUUCAACAAAGUGGAUCGAUUUCAAGAGCUUGUAAAAAGUGCAGUUCGUUGGUUCUGUGGACAGCUGCAGUCGUUUAAAUCUUACGCAGCCAAGCAAAUGUUGUGAUUAAGGCAGUGUGUGUGUGAGUGAACGAGUGAAUUUUUUCUCCACUCUACCCGUUCAAAACCGUUCGAUCAAAAACCCAAUCGCCCAAUACCAGAGAUAUACUUUAACGCCGGUUCCAGUACCGGUAUGAAGCAGAAAAACUUCCACCACAAAUCUACCACACAGAACAACACGAACAGCCAAGGCGAAGAUAAAUGAUGGCAGCAGAAAGCCGGAACUCAAAGCAAACAAAACAUUCAAAACAACAUGGUUUGGUCGUGGUAAACGAAUAGAGGAAAGCAUUCGGCACUGUCGCGGACGUUGAAGCGAAGACUCUUCCCAUUUCUUGAUGUAGCUUCCUUAAGAGAGAAGCAAAAAAACACAAACCAAACACAAACAAACACAAAAGAUUCACCCUUCUUCUUCUGGUUGCAAACUCUUGCGAAAGUCUAUCAACACUUUCACACACACACCAAGUCAUCAUCUACCGAGGGAGUUACAUUCAUCAAAACCGUCCACGAAUACAAGCCUCCGUAAGACAUCACACUGUAGAGACCGGGAACGCCAUAGUGGACAGCUCGUUGUACUAAGUUUGUGGUCGUUUUUUUCCUUCAAACUUCCCAUUCCAUCAGCGAGUUUAACAGCUUUCUAACCGACAAACAUUCGCAUCCUUGAGAAGGCACAACAACCAAGACGACCGGUGUCGCAAAGUGUCAAUUCAUCAAGGAAAAGCAAUUGGAGCCAGGAUAACGGCGGAGAAAUACGAUUUAAAGGCAGACAGAAGUAUGGAUGUCCUUUGUUGCUGUCAAUCAAUCGAUCGAUCUGUCCCGAUUUAUCGAAAUUGAUGGCAAUAUCGUUUAGCGGAUGGUAACAAUCGUCGAAUCUUUCAAUCAGAACUCAAAAGUGUUAAAAGUACAGCAUACGAAACCGAUCAAUACCUGCCCAUUGCCGGUAGUAGUGGUGUUAGUGAGUGUUGCAGCAUACUUUUUUGCCUAACAAACAUAAUACCGAAACAGCCUCCAAAAAAAAAUCAUCAUCUGCACGUAGAAAGUGGCAAAGUUGAGGAAAAAAAAGUAUCAAAUGUUCACACGCAAAAAGUGUCUGGUGUCCGGGAAAUGGUGGGAAAUUUGUUGUCAGGUGAAAAGUGCUUGAAUUUCCCAUUCACUACAAGCUAUUUCUUACACACGCCGUGCAAUCUGUUCGUGUAAAGAUUUUCUAUGAAAGAAGCAAAAUAGGCGCGAGUGUUACGUGUGCCAGUCUGUGUGGUUCCCUUAUGUGUGUUCUUCAAUGCUUGCCAGUCUCAUGUGCAGUCAGCUUUAGUGUAACACGCGUGUACCAAGUGCCGGUGGUAUAGCGGAAAAGUUAAACCAUACUUAAAGCCCAACAGUAGCAUAUUCAACAAAGUGUGUGAAAAACCUUCCUUCUUGUGUAUGUGUGUGUGUGUGUGAUGAGUGAAAAAAGUAAUACCAAAAGAAAAGCGUCUCCUCAACAACUCAUUCAGCCUGCAUCAUUCUUGGCAGGCGUCUGUUAAAGAAUUUUUCCAACAAAAAACCAGGCCCAGUGUGGUUGGUUGCUUCUACCGACGGCAACAGUGCAUCAUCGUCGCCAUCGUCGUCGUUCAGUCCCGCCUGUUGGUUACGAUCGUCAGAAAGCACCACCGUCAGUCAAUGGCGUCUCUAGGUGGUUGGAAAAUAAAGGGCAAAAACAUGGCAUCAAUUUCCACGACGAUUUUACUGCUGAUAUGGAGUACAGAAUUUACCAUUGGCAGCAUAAGAGUCGACGAAAACCGGGAUAACAGUGAAGCGGAACUCGCCGGUGGAUCGAGAAAAUUUCGCACAGAAUUCCUCCAGGAGUGGCCAACGCCAGGAACUGGGCCUUAUUUUGAUACCACCGUUCCAACCAACAUUACCGGCUUGGUCGGCAAGACGGUGCUGCUGAACUGCAAGGUGAAAAACCUCGGCAAUCGAACGGUUUCCUGGGUCCGGCAUCGAGACAUUCACCUGCUUACGGUUGGCCGGUACACCUACACCUCCGAUCAACGGUUCGAGGCGAUGCAUUCACCACACACGGAGGAGUGGACCCUCAGGAUACGGUACGCCCAGCGUAAGGAUUCCGGCAUUUACGAGUGUCAAAUAUCGACCACACCACCUAUAGGACACUUUGUGUAUCUCACGAUAGUGGAACCAGUGACAGAGAUUAACGGUGGACCUGAUUUAUUUAUCAAUAAAGGCUCGACGAUAAAUCUCACCUGCAUCGUGAAGUACGCGCCCGAACCACCGCCGGCCGUCGUUUGGAAGCACAAUCGCGAUGACAUUAAUUUCGACUCGCCCAGGGGAGGCAUUUCGCUCGUCACGGAGAAGGGCAUCCUGACAACUAGCCGGCUGCUGGUACAGAAGGCGAUCGCAAGCGACUCCGGUCUGUAUACCUGCGAGCCCUCGAACGCUAAUCCGGCCUCCGUCCGGGUGCACAUACUGAACGGAGAACAUCCCGCGGCUAUGCAUCACGGCAUCUCCACCAUCCUGUCCGGGCCGAGUUUGGUCGCGUUCGUACUUUCGACCAUUUUGCUCUUCUAUCAUCACAGCAUUCGGUGGAAGGAAUUUCGGCUAACGUAGUAAAUCUGCCUAGUUAUUUCGAUACCGCUUUUUGGUUCCUUGUUUUCAGCCAACUUGUACAAAAAUAUUUGAAUACUGGGCGAGCGUGUGUAUGCGUGUAGGUGGGUGUGCAUGUGAAUGAAUUAUUUCAAACCACAAACAACAUAACGACCCCAGAAAUCAUUACAUCUUGUAAAGCGUUCCAUUUAAUCAUUCGUCAUUGAUUAAUUGUGCAAUCAAUCACUUCCUUUCUUGCUGCUUUCAUUUGCUCUUUAACGUUCUUUUUUUUCGCCUUACACUUUCAUUUAUAUCAAUUUCACUUAAAAGCUAUUAUUAUCGUUCACAUUAAAUUUAUUUAAAUUAGUAUAAUUUAUUUACAAAUUCAAACACUAUUAAGUAAUGGAAAAUUUACGUUACUUUUCACACGUAUUUCUUCGGUUAUGAUUGAUAAAAUGCCAAUUUCACAUGCAUCCCACUGGUUCGAGUGUUUGAUUUAUUCGCAAACUGAACAUAAUUACCCAGUUCAUAAGUGGAAAGAUCGUUAGUUAAUUAAAUUAUCUAAUUUGUACAGCGUGAAAUUUGUACAUAAAUCUCGUGUAGAGUAUAAACACUAUUUGUACAAACCCCGAAAACCAUACAUAGUAAACAUUAUUGAAACAUUGAAGAAAAGCCAUAUAUAAAAAAUGAUGAAACAUAGGGAUACCCUAUAGAGCGAUUUAUGUGGUAGAUUGAGAUUUAUUUUUUAGUUCAAAUUAAGCAAAAAAACAUGAGCCGUAUAACGUAUAGAAAAUUUGUUAUACCUUUUCAACUGUUGUCAAAAAAAAGAACUUUAACAAAAAACAUUCACUAACCACGUUUACACACGUUGUUUCGAAACGUUUUCGAUAUCACAACAGUACACGAGUUUAUUGCUUUUGGGUUUUUGAUCAACAAUAACAGCAGAAAAAAAAACAGAAAAAGUUGCGUAAAAUCUUAUAAGGAAUUUUAUUUCUACUAUAGAUUAAAACGGUGACAUAUCAGACAGAAAUAAAUUCAUAACGCGAUCGAAAACACAACAAAGUAAAACAUACGUCAUCGAAGAAAAGCUACAUUAAAACCAAUGACCAACGUGUGCAUUGGUUCGAUUUGAUCCUCUUCUCUACGUCAUAGGAAACCGCAAACGUAUGAUAGUCUAGUGAUGGAAACUGAGCAUUACAAUAGUCAAAAUGGCAGAUCCCAGAUUUUUCUAAAUAUUAAAGUGACACACAAAUUGUGGUCAAACGUUUCAGUCUAAAAUAGCUCAGCAUGUACGGUUUGCUGCUCUCGAGAAGAUAUUCGCGUAUCCAAGAAAAAAGAAAAACUUCAAUAAUUUGCUGGCAGGUCAACGAGCAAAAGUUGAAAACAAUUUGAUGUUUCACUUUUUUUUGGUUUAAACUUGCCAACAACAAGUCGUUUAAACUCCAGGGCCAUACGCUCUGGCCCUCUGUUGGCACGAUCAACGAGGUCAAGUGUACGGCAGGAGAUCGACACACAUACAUCACGACCAGCUAAACGGAUGGCUAUUCAUUUGAAAAUUUAUGGAAAAGAAACACUUUCAAAUUUUGUUAGAAUACAAAAAUUUCCUACAGAUUUAGGAUUACACAGACCAAACCAUACUGAAGCGAUGGUUAACAGCAAAGAGGAGCAAAGAAAGCAACAAACGCUCUACAGAACUGAUGCUGGCGUAAAUAUCGUUCUGCUUACGACAAAAGGAAUUUUUGGCACGGUUCUCACAUGGUUCUCAUUUGCAAGGAACAACAAUCGCAAAACAAAAUCGAUUGAUGCCUUUUUACCAGACCCGGCAUUACCCGCCCAACCCGGCCAACAUUGGGGCGUUUAAAGAAGACUCAUUUUUGACUCUGUAAGUUGUGAACAACAUGCGACGGGCAAAUAAAAUGCGUCAACGUUUUGCAAAAACGCGUCUCCGACGGCGAUAAAAACUGUCACGAAAAAGCAAAAGUUAGGACGCUUCCUCAGUGACACAACGGCACUGCGCCCGUGUCUAGCGGAAAGUUUUUCACCAUCAGUUUAACAAACAAAAAGCCCAACAUCAUGACAAGCUACUGUCGGCCGUCUAGAGUUUAGAGGCAGAGCAAUAAAAUAGAUACGAUAGAUGCGACAACAGGCGAGCCAAGCAAGAAUCUUUUUUAGAUACGUAGGUAAUCAAUAAAGUAAAGCCAUACUGGUGAAGCGCAGUGAAAAUGGGGAAAAAAACAAAAGCCCCGAGCGUAAACCCAACAAAAGGCACGAAGUUUCAGUCCGUGAAAUGGAAACGUAUGUUCAAAAAUUGUUUACUACCGAACGGAGCAAACUGUUGAUAAACACAUUAGCAGCCAUAAUUUGCUCCGAAAUGUUUCACACAAAGUAAAUUUGAGAGAAAACAAAAUCCAGCAAAAGUACGAACAAAAGCGUUGGAAAACAAUUAUGAUAAUGUAAAAGUCGGAAUGGCGAAUCGAAGCGCUUAAGCAGAAGUUCGAAAUAGUCAAACCCAUGCAUACCCGUUUUGCAAAACUUUGUAACUAAAGAUGUGUACCAAGUUAAACGACCGGAAGAAUUGAGACAAAAAUAAAAAUGGAAAGCAAAACAGUCAAUAUUAAACUAAA